UUAGCCGCGCGGGCGCGAGCGGCUACAAUCCAGAGGGCGGGCUCCGCCCCCUUGCUUUCUGCCAGGCGCGUGCCCGGUAGCGACGCGCGCGCCUUCCCCCCAUCUUUUUUUUUUCCUGUUUAUGAGAAGAGAAGGCUCCCGGGCGCGCGCCCGUGUCUCACCCCCCCCCCUCCCUCAGCCACCCGAUUCCGGCCCUCCCCCCUCCCUGCCUUUCCUCUGGAGGCCGCUGGCCCACAGCGCGGUGGGGCCGGGUCUCCUCCGUCCCUCCUCCUUCGGAGAGCCACUGGGCCUGGGCGCGGCCAGGGGCUCCGAGCCUGAUGGGGGCAUGAGGUAGCUGCGGCUUCGAGGAAGAUGGCAGAUGUUGAUGUUUGUGCUGGUGGGGAAAGCAUCCGAAGAAAAAUGGAUUCACUAACAGAUAGUCCAGCUGAGAUUAUUCCGUUGGAACUCUAUGAUUCAUCUCGAGCAAAAAUAGCAGCUAAUUUACAGUGGAUCUGUGCUAAAGCCUAUGGAAUAGAUAAUAUCCCGGAGGAGCUGAAGGACCCGUUCUAUGUAGACCAGUAUGAGCAAGAACAUAUUAAACCACCUGUCAUCAAGCUGUUACUGUCCAGUGAGCUGUACUGCCGUGUCUGCAGCCUCAUUUUGAAAGGAGAUCAGGUGGCUGCUCUGCAGGGACACCAGUCGGUCAUCCAGGCUCUGUCUCGAAAAGGGAUUUAUGUCAUGGAGAGCGAUGAUACACCUGUGUCUGAAUCUGAUCUCAGCAGCGCACCAAUCAAAAUGAGUCCUCACAUGGCAAUGGUUGAUGCUCUUAUGAUGGCCUACACUGUGGAAAUGAUCAGCAUUGAAAAAGUAGUUGCAAGUGUCAAACGUUUUUCUACGUUUAGUGCCUCAAAGGAAUUGCCCUAUGAUCUGGAGGAUGCAAUGAUAUUCUGGAUUAAUAAGGUGAACCUUAAAAUGAGAGAAAUAACUGAAAAAGAAAUAAAAUUAAAACAGCAUGUACUGGAAAGCCCAGGUCACCAAAAGUCUCCUUCCAAAUGGUAUUGGAAAUUAGUACCUGUACGAUAUCGUCGAGACCACCCUUCAAGCAGGCAGUUACCGUUUUUCCCAAUACUUGAAGAUCUCAUGAAGGACUGCAGUGAUGGAGCUGCUUUAUUAGCUGUAAUACACUAUUACUGUCCGGAACAAAUGAAGCUAGAUGAAAUCUGCCUGAAAGAGGUAACCUCAAUUGCAGACAGCAUCUAUAACAUCCAGUUGCUUCGGGAGUUCUCAAACGAAUACUUAAACAAAUGUUUUUACCUCACGUUGGAGGACAUGCUAUAUGCACCUUUAGUUCUAAAGUCCAAUGUAAUGGUCUUCAUUGCUGAAUUAUUCUGGUGGUUUGAGAAUGUCAAGCCUGACUUUGUACAGCCCAGGGACCUCCAGGAAGUAAAGGAUGCUAAAACCAUGUUGCAGCAGAAGAGCAGUCGGCCGCCUGUUCCCAUUUCCAAUGCAACCAAACGGAGUUUCAUGGGUAGCCCAGCCGCUUCCGGCUCAGCUGACACCCAACCUCCACUUCAGCUUGCUUUGGAGACUUGCAGCAGUGGAAAAGGAAGCCCUGCCUUCAGCCCAUCCCAUCCAUUACUGCCUUUGAGACAGAAACAACAAAAGUCUCUGCAGGGGGAGGACAGCUCAGGUCAACGUAAUCGUUCUAAUUCAUUGACUAGAGUGGAUGGGCAGCCGCGGGAGUCGGUUCUCGCUUGGCCAGACAAGAAACCAAGGCCUCUGUCUCAGCCAACGCCAUUUGCUCUGCAUCAUGCCACAAGCAGCGAUGCAGACCCUAGUUCUGGCGAUAGUAUCAGCUUGGCCCGAUCGAUCAGCAAGGACAGCCUAGCAUCAAACGUCAUCAACAUCACUCCAAAACAGCAGUCUCACUCUGUGCUAGUGAAAAGCAGUGGGAAAAGCUUGCUGAACAAUGUUGAGAUAGAAGAUGAGGAUGAAGAACUGAUUGCUGUAAUCCGACCAAAUGCCACUCCAAGCCACGGCAGCCUUGAACUUCAGAGUGUGCCGGCUAGAUCCUCUGGCUUGGUUACUUCUGCAUGGGCUCAGAAAUCUCAGAAUGAGGCCUCGGAGAGCAAGCCGGAGAGUUUUUUCCUUGAGCCUCUGAUGCCUGCUGUACUGCGACCAGCAAAGGAAAAACAAAUAACUAACAAGGAGGAUGAAUGUGGGGAAGGGAAAACGCGAGGUUUUGUAGCAAAGAGACUGAACGAGGGACACACAUCUUUAGUUCGUAAAAAAACAAAUAGCAAUCAUGCAGAUCACAACCUAAACAGGACUUUUAGUGUUGCUUCCAGUUCAGAAUUAACAACAGUUGCUGGAUCUGGAGCGGCAGAUCCGUCAGUACAGUUGGAGAUAGGCACAGGUCCCUUUCGGCCCCAGGCGAGCAGUAGUUUAGAGCCUCAGUCUCGAGAGCAGCCCUUUGGCGGAUUCUUUCUUCACGCUGCCAAAGCAGACGAGAGUGUGGUGAGCAGUGCCAACGUUGGCUACGUGAAAAGCCCAAGCUCCCACAUCACGGACACCUCGUGGACAAUGGUGAGGCAAGAUUCUGACUCCGACAUUCUCGACAUGGAGGAAGCAGAGCAAGAUUUAGCGGUGGACGACCAUCCGAUAAUUGCCAAGUAUAUUGGGGAAGAGGAGUCGGCCAAGCUGCAGGAAGACAUGAAGGUGAAGGAGCACGAAGAUAAAGAUGACGCCAGCGGACGAUCGAGUCCUUGCCUGAGCACCAUUUCUCAGGUUAGCAGCGUGUCCAUGACCAGCGGGAGUGCCAGGAUGACCAACUUUGCUGAACGGAAGCUUCAGAGGCUGAACAGCUACGAGACAAAAUCCAGCACGAGUAGUUCACAGAAGACCACGCCUGAUGGGUCGGAAUGUUGCCCGGCUCCGUUAACUACGUGGAAGCAGAAGCGGGAGCAGAGCCCGACGAGGCAGAGCAAAGAUAACGUCAACCUCUUGGCUUCCGAACUGGUGCAGCUUCACAUGCAGCUAGAGGAGAAACGAAGAGCGAUCGAGACCCAGAAGAAGAAGAUGGAGACGCUGUCGGCCAGGCAGCGACUAAAGCUGGGGAAGGCAGCGUUUUUGCAUGUCGUUAAAAAGGGGAAAAGCCCUGAUGCUUCGCCGUCUCUUAAGCCGGAACACUUUGCAAAAGAGUACUCGAGGCACAAUGGGGAGGGCCUGGAGGGCAGUAACUCCUUGAACUCGAAAUCAGCUGUAUUCUUUGUGAAAGAGGACGGGACUGAAGAUGUCCUUGAUGACUUGCACGAGUUGCCCAAAGUGAAAGUGCAAGAAACCGUUGCUUUCGUUGAGCAGAACAAUCCAAAAGAGCCCACCAUGCAUGAAAUAGAGAAGAGCAAAAUGAUUUCCACUGCGCUCCUGGAAGAGAACAUUGAAGUCGCUGACAUCAACGAGUGUGACCUUUCGAUCGAAAAAUUGAACGAGACCAUCAGUACCCUGCAACAAGCGAUACUGAAGAUUUCUCAGCAGCAAGAACUCUUAAUGAAAGCACCGGUGAUUCCAUCGUCGAGAGGCAGCGCACAGGACCAAAAGAUAAAAGCUCCCAUUCAUUUUGUGGAGCCCCUCUCUCCUACAGGAAUGGGCAGCCUUCGUAAACCUCCUCGGCUCGGUCAGGGGCGGACUCCCCGUUCUGGGAGACCAUCUGAAUUGAAGGUUGCGAAGGACAGACAGCAAACUAUGACACGGAUUAAAACUCCCACUCCCAGUGUUGACACUUUGCCACAUUUAAGGCAGUUUCCAUCAGCCAGUUCACCGAAGACACCGACCGAAGCAGCCCUUGAAAAUAAUGUGAAUCCAGGAAGCACCCCUCAAGAGAAGCUCGUCUUUGAUAGUUACAGACUCGGUGAUGAGAGCAGUCACCGGGGCCAGUUUGUUCUGUCUACUUGCAAAGACACCAAUAUCCUCUCUGAAACUAUGAAAGAUGUGAAUAGCAACAUAGAGGACUUUAACCUUUCUUUUGAUGGCUCAGGGAAAGAGAACGCCCCAGCCGAGGAACCCUCGAGAAGCAAAACUAGUCUAAUUGAAGUAGACUUGUCUGAAUUGAAAGCCCCAGAUGAAGAUGUUGAAAGCCAAGACAGCUCCACAGACUUGAUCAAUGAAAUUGACCAGAAGUCGGGAGUUGGAUUUUUCUUUAAGGAUGAGCAGAAAGCAGAAGAUGAACUGGCAAAAAAACGUGCAGCCUUCCUCUUAAAGCAGCAGCGCAAAGCUGAAGAAACACGACUUCGAAAACUGCAGCUGGAAGUGGAGGUUGAACAAAAGCGAGAUGAAACCCGUCGCAAAGCUGAAGAAGAUAGAAUACGGAAGGAGGAAGAGAAAGCCCGAAGGGAGCUCAUCAAACAGGAAUAUCUAAGAAGGAAACAGCAGCAGAUCUUGGAAGAGCAGGGCCUUGGGAAGCCCAAAUCCAAACCCAAGAAGGCCAGGCCAAAAUCUGUCCAUCGGGAGGAGUCCUAUAGUGACUCAGGAACAAAGUGCUCAUCUACUCCUGAUAAUCUAAGCAGUGCUCAGUCUGGUUCCAGCCUCUCUUUGGCAUCGGCAGCAACAACUGAGCCUGAAAGUGUCCAUUCUGGUGGCACCCCUUCCCAGCGAGUGGAAUCAAUGGAAUCUUUGCCCAUAUUGAGUCGGAAUGCCAGUCGAAACAUGGAGAGAGAUUGGGAAAACACAUCAACAGCAUCUUCCAUUGCUUCUGUGGCUGAAUAUACUGGUCCAAAACUGUUUAAAGAACCCAGCAGCAAGUCAAACAAACCGAUCAUCCACAAUGCUAUAUCCCACUGCUGCCUUGCUGGAAAAGUGAACGAACCUCACAAGAACUCCAUAUUGGAGGAGCUUGAAAAGUGCGAUGCCAACCAUUACAUCAUUUUGUUCCGCGAUGCCGGCUGCCAGUUCAGGGCACUUUAUUGCUACUAUCCUGACACGGAAGAAAUCUACAAGCUGACAGGAACAGGGCCAAAGAGCAUCACCAAGAAAAUGAUCGACAAGCUUUAUAAAUACAGCUCGGACAGAAAGCAGUUUAACCUGAUUCCGGCCAAAACCAUGUCGGUUAGCGUAGACGCUCUGACGAUUCAUAACCACUUGUGGCAACCCAAGCGACCUGCAGUGCCAAAGAAGACUCAGAAUCGCAAAUGACACUACAUUUCUGUGGGAGACAAUUGUUGGUUGCGUUGCUGGGGAGAAAUGACUUUCCCCCUCAAGUUUUGGGUAUAAGACAUGCAGAAUCUUUUUUUUUUUUUUAGAAAAAAGGAAGAAGGCGUCUAAAUCUGAAUGCAAUGAAGGAACAACACCAGUGUUCUGUCUUUUGUUUUGUUUUUUUGUAUGAAUGAUGAACGGCUGUUACACCCAUUGCGAACUGCGGAGGCUUUUCAUGCAAGGGAAGAUGCAUGUAGCGAGAUCAUAGGCAGCGGAUUUCCUUUUACUUGAAGUUCUUCAUUGGUACAAAUUGGGACUUUUUUUUGCUUCAGAUCCUCAUGCCCCCCCUCCCAAGUAAUAACUCUGGAGUUAGCACAUGCUCCACUUCAGCAAGAGGAGAGGGAACUGGGCUAUUUGGCAAACUUGAGGAAAAAUUAACCCUCCCUUUAGACUUUUUUGGGGGGGGGGGCGGAAGGUCUCGAUAACACAAACAGUUGUACUGUACCAACUGCCAACACUAAGCUCUGCUCUGACGUCUGGGGAAAACCACAGUAGACCAGUGAACCCGGCCCCUUGCUGCUCAGAACCAAGUUUACUUAACAGUAUCUGUUCUUUAUAAGCACUGAAAGAUGGAAGGGAAACAAAUCUUGUCUUUUUUAAAAAAAUGAAAAAGGAGGUCUUAUGCAAAUUAUUAUGGCUGAACAUUUCUGCAACACAAUCAUGAAGAGGCUGACAGCUGCCGCCAGCUAGAAUAUUCCCCAUUUGAAACGUUGAGGCAAGCUGAACGGAGUGGGGUCGACAUGGGUUUUCUGUUCCAAGUAGUCUCAUAACAACUUGUCUUUUUAAAUAAAGGCACAUUCAAAUAAUAGUGGAACAUUUUCACUCAAGAGCACGUCACUCCUGUAUGCUGGUGCACUUAAUGAUCACAAAUUCUCAUUUUUUUUAAAAAUCAUGUCCUAAAAUGUAAUUCUCCUACUUGUCCUGUCUAGUUUUUUCUCCCCUCCCCUUUUUUUUUAUGCUGAAUGAUCAGCAUGCUCUAAAAUGGAGUGUGGAUUUUCUCCCUUUUGGUUUUUAUUCAUUAAUUAUUUGGGGGGGUUGGGUCAUGGAUAUAUGCUAAUAUAUGAGAAAACAAACCAGUGUCCUUAUAAUAAUUUAAAAACAAAUCUGCAUUUGUUUCAAAGGCUUAAAUAAGGCUGGCUUUUUUUUUUCUUUUUCAUCUCGAUAUAUUAAAUCUUGAGUUAUGACCUUAAUCCUGUGUAUUUUUUCCCCCUUCAAGAUCCCUCUUUGUGUCUGGUGGGCCCAUGAUGGGGGGAGGGGAGGCUGUGCAGCUCCAAUUGGGUUGUAAUCAUAAUGUCCUUCUGUCUAAAAUGUGUCAUUCUCCUCUGCCCCUUUCCCUUUAAGACGCUUCCAGGGUUUUCAGCCUACUUUUAUCAGGUCUUUAGCACAAUUUGCUUUACUGCCUGGGAAUUUCUUUAUAGGGUAUAGCUUUGGUUUGCACAUGCUGCUUCUAUUUGAAGUGUUACUUGAAUAUGUAUCUUGUAGUACAAAGGACACUAUUCCAACCACAGCAAGGAGCAAAAUCCACAAGCAUAAUCCAGUAAAAUUAUUUAAGGAACUUAAAAAAAGAAAAGAAUAAUUGGAAUUGGAGUGAAUUUUGCCUAGAGGGAGGCAGAUAUAGGGUACUUCAUGCAAAGCAGAAAAAUGGAAAGAACUGUCUUCCAUUGCUGCCUUUGCAAUGCUCUCCCCUCUACAGUACUUUUUAAAUAGGCGGCUGUAAAUUUUGUUCCAUAGUCAGCUACCCUGUAAAUAACGAAAGGCUUUAUUAUUUCUUAAAGUGCUAAGUAUUAAACACUGUCAUGAGUGUAAUUUUUUUUGGUUACAUGCUUUUCAUGCUUUAUUUCUCACUUGUUUGAUAUUAUACGACAUAUUUAUUUUACAGAAGCACUGAAAAUUUAAUAAAGAUCAUCAGCUAA